CAUCGUUUAAAAAAAAACAAACGCGAGGUUUGCGUUUCCGCCUGUCUGUUUUGGUUUUAUUACUCUACAAUAUUUCUUUUUAUUUGUACUAUUAUGACUUGCUUUUAGUCAAUAAACACUGAAAUAGGCUUUUUGCCUGCCUUCCAGUUUAUCAUAAAUGUAGUCAGAUCAACAUAACAUACAUUAACGAAUCGCCAAACGAGAUACGAUGUACAGUGGUGAUGAUAAGCAUCGUUUGUGUUUAUCCUAUGUAUCCUGUGUUAAAAUAUAAAUAAAUAUCUGGAAGUGCUUAGUGGAUCAAGAUGAAGCAGCUACUCGCUUUGUUUAUUUUGGUUUUAUACAAAGUUAACGCGCAAAGUGACAACUGUACUGCCGAUGACUACCGGUGUGAAAACAAGAGGAUGGUGUUGAAGCUGGCUCAAGACCUGGGCAGCACGUUCCGCGAGCUGGUGCAGCAGGAGCUGGGCGCCGAGUUCGCGGCGCAGUUCGAGGCCAAGCCGCAGCACAAGGCUAGCCCAGAGCCCACAGAUGAAGAGAUCCUCUCUAGCAUCUCUGAAAAGCUGGCCAACAAGCUCACUUCAGCCACAAACAUCCUCAAGGACUUGAAUAGUACAUUGUCCAACAGUAAUUCAUCUACAUAUACAACUCCAUGUCCAUACAAAGGUAUAAAUAAGUCAACAAUAUUUAAAAAUAUAGAUUUUCAUGACAAUUUGACAUCAACACCUCCUUCAGUAGAUUUAGAAGACAAAGAUGGUGCUAACGAUAUCAAAAUAAAAAGGCAGUAUUUCUUAUCACACAUUGACUAUGCCACUGACAAGGAAUGUACUGCAAUGCCACAAUCUAACUUGCGAUACCUCUACCAUAAAAUAGUAAAUCCAGACCCGAAACUAGUGAUUUUCAUUAUUGACAACAGUGUUGGAGAAAAAGCCAUACAAUACACAGUGAACAUUGUAAAGGAAAUAUCCCAUGCCAUGCAGGCAUCAGAUGUAUUUGCUCUCAAAAUUACAAAUAUAUCCGAUUUUGUCAAGUUUGAAGAUUCCUGUAGCGUUGGAGGCUUUUCAGACAUUGGUCAUGCAACAGACAGUAACAAGCUUAAACUCAAGGAUUAUCUUAUGACUAUAGAUAAUACUCAGACCAGUCUACCACACAGCACCAUCAAUGAAGAACUGCAAAUGUUGCUUACCAAAAAUCAACUUCCAACUCAUAAACUCAUAGUAUUCCUGACAGAUACCAAGGUGUUAACUGAUGAAAGUUGGCCUAAAAUGUUUCCAUAUCCAAUUAAAGAAGAUGAUACAAUAAAACUUGCCAUUGGAGUCAUAAAUGAGGGUUCUGAAGAUCUUAGUAGUUCACUUGAAAUUCUUCACUUUGAUAAGUGGCACAAUCAUUCUAAAAGUCACUCCCUAAUGAGAGUACACAUUAAUGACAGUGGAGUGGUGGGGCAGGUGGCCUCGGCAUUCAUUUCCCUGAUGCCUCAGAAUUAUGAAAAGAACCAACUCAUGCUCAUGGAGCCUAUUUGGGAGGCCACAGAACGAGAUUUCAUAGUAAGCCUAGUAAUUCCAACAUCUGGAGGUGUUCUCGGUGUAGACAUGUAUUGGAGUGAUCUUGCUGAAGAUAUCAUAUACUUCAGACAGACUACCAUAGAAAGAAGAGCCUUUGUGAUUGAUUUUGCUGGAACUGUCAUAAUGCACACUCAUUUUCCUAGACCAGAGCUUACCACUGAAAAGAUAAAGUUCUCUAAACUCAAAAAUAUUGAGAAUUUUGAGUUCAUUGAUAAUGUGAUUGGACAAAUGCUAACAGACAGCCAAGGGAAACUGACGAAAUUCGAUAGCUUAUCAAACAAAACUAUCAGCUACUCCUGGCGCUGGGCGGCGCGGCUGUACGUGGCGUGCGUGGUGUCCGAGGUGGCGGAGGCGGCGGCGGCGCCCGAGCCCGCCUUCCUGACGCGCCGCGACUCCGACAUCCUGUACCACCGCCUGGACCUGUUCCCUCCGCGCGACGGGACGCUGUGCCGACACUUCCGCCAGAUGGCCACGCUGGACCAGGGCACCGUGUUCCUCAGCCCCUCCAGCUUCGUGACUCCCUUCGCGUACCUGCGCGGCGCAGGUGGCGGCCUAGGCGAGCCCUACCUGCGCAACUGCCUCGCCUACCUGCGCAGCGUGGCACGCGGGCUGCUGGCCAACCCCGGCCUGCGCGACGACGUGCAGCGCGACGCCGCGGCGCUCAACGCGCUGCUCGCCUACUACCGGCGCCGGCAGCUCAGCGGCCCUUACGCUCGCUACGUGGUGCGGCGCUACGCGGCCAGCGACAGCGGCGUGCUGGCCAUGUUCCCCGGCACGCUGCUGGAGCCCGAGUACGAGCCGGUGCGGCGCACGUGGCACGCCGCCGCGCGCGCGCGCCCCGGCCGCCUGCAGCUGGCCCCGCCGGCGCUGGACGCGGGCGGCGCGGGCUAUGUGGUGACGCUGUCGUGGCGCGCGCCGCCCGCCGUGCUGGCCAUGGACGUGCCGCUGGGCUUCCUGCAGCGCCUGCUGGAGCGGCUGCAGCCCGCGUGCGGCGCGCCGGGCCUGCGCUGCCUGCUGCUGGACGCGCGCGGCUACCUGCUGGCGCACCCGGCGCUGCUGGCGCGCGGCCCCGCGGAGCGCCUGCACGUCACGCACCGCGAGCCGCUGCUGGCCGUGGACCUGCUGCUGCACCGCCAGCUCGUCACCAAGCGGCGCUGCCUCGCGGCGCACGAGCGCGCCACGCAGCGCUACUACAGCUUCAACACGUCGCUGGAGCACGCCGUGAGCAACGCCGUGGCGGGCGAGCACUGCCUGCACUACUCCGUGGCCGCCGUGCCGGGCGCCGACGCGCUGGUGGCGCUGGUCAACGCCAGCUGCAGCGCCGGCGCCUUCUGUCCCUGCAGCAUGCUGGACCGCGCCUGCCUCAACUGCCGCCGCAUGGAGCAGGCGGAGUGCGAGUGUCCGUGCGAGUGCGCGGCGCCGGCGUGCGGCGAGGCGGCCGGGCCCGCGCCCGCGCCCUGCCCCGCGCCCGCCGAGGCCGCCGCGCACAAGGCCACACACUUCCACAAGUUCGCGGAGGGGCUGCCGGCGUGCGUGGACUGGGCGUGCGGCGAGCUCGCGUCGCGCGCGGACUGCCUGGGCGCCGUGGGGUGCGAGUGGUGCGCGGCGCAGGGCGAGGCGCGCUCCCCGCUCGCGGCUCCGUACUGCGCGCCCCAGGAGCUGUGCUUCGGCGGCGUGCUGGGCGCCGUGACGCCGUACGGCGGGGGCGGGAACGCGCCGCCCGCCGCGCACUCGGCGCUGGGCCCGGUGGUGGGCUGCCUGGUGACGGCGGGGCUGGUGUGCGCCGUGGCCGCCUACUGCUACCGGCAGGGCGGCGCGGCGGCGGAGGAAGGCGCGGCGCCGCAGUACGCGGGCGGCGACACGUGGGGUUCGGGCUCGGCGCCGGCGGCGGGCGCGGGUGCGUCGGAGAGCGGGGCGGGGGGCGCGGGACGGGAGCGGCUGCUGCCGGCGCCGGUGUCCCCGUACCGCGUGGUGAGCGGCGUGCGGCGCGCGCGGGCGGCCGGCAGCGACCACGGCUACAGCACCAUGACGCCGCACGAGGACUCGGAGGCCACGGCGCCGGGCGGCGGCGACCCGGCGGCGCUCAGCGACGACACGCGCUCGGAGGCGUCGUGCCCGCUGCCGCGCCGCGCCGCGCCCCCCGCCGCCCCGCGCGCCGCCCCCGCCCCCGCGCCCGACACGCGCGUGCUGGCGCCCGUCACCGUGCACCGGCACAUGGAGGCGCUGGCCGAGCUGCCGCCCGCGCCCACGGUCUAGCCACCACCUCACAAUGAUUCGCCACAACGUGUAGUUUUAUUUUGAUAACUAUUGUAUUUAUUAUAUUCAUAGAAUAGCUUUGUUGUAGCAUGUUCGGACUUGUCCAGUAAUAUUAUGGUAAAUUGUACUUAUUUUUAUAUCUGUCCUAGAGUUGGAUGUCACUGCCGUCUAUUGGUUGUGUAAAUAGAUAAGUUAGUUGUAGGAUUAUCGUGACGAAACGCCAUAAAAUUUUAAGCUGCCAUUAGAUUCGAGUACUUAUAGGUACUUAAUUCAAUUUAUGUUAAUAAUUAUAAGACAAUGCUGCUCGACCAAAUGUAGUUUUGUUAGAGAUAGAUAUUUACGUGACUGAAAAGUUACAAAUAGCCCUCAGUGACCAUAAUAAUGUAAUGAAUAGAAUAAUUUUAUUAAUUUUCAUUUACCAGUAAUUAAUAGACCUCAAGCUUUAGGUACAUUAUUAAAUAUUUAUUAGUUUUGUUGUGAAAAUGAUUGUCUUCCGGGAGAUUUGCAAAUGUAUAGGCCAUGUCUAAAGGUACUAGAGUUUUGUAACCAAACUGAAAUUUUAUAUGAUUGACUUUUACUCAAGCAAAUCUUCGAAUCGCUUUAACUAUCUCGAAGUCUUCAAACGACUAUCAUUAUUUUAUGUUAUCUAUCAAAUCGAGGAUAAAUAAAUUCAAUAUCCGAGUCAAUUUAAUAAGUGUAAGUACAUUUAAAAAGUCUAGUUGUAAGAUUUAUACUUUUUAUGUUUAACGUGCCUGCUGUAUUUUAUGUAAGACUGACUUUCGUGUUGCAUUUACCUACCUGUACAUUUUAUAUUGUGUACAACUUUUAUUAAUAAACGUAGGUACAUACGUACU